ACCAGAAGAUUUUGGAUAAAAUUUUCACUGCUUACAGCUAAAAUCUUUUUUAAUUAAGCUGGCAAUUCAAACAGAAUUAAAAAAAAUUCAAUCAUAAAGAAAAAAAAAAGUAAAGCAGGAAAAAGCAAGAGCCCUUUGGUUUGAAUCAGAGGGCAUCCUAACUUGUUUCAUGAAGGAGAGGAGCAGUGAUUAUACUUUAACUUCUCAUUUUUAAUUUCUGUAUUCAAUCAUGCCAUUUUUAAGGGUUAUUAGUGAUCUCCUUGUUGGAUUUAAGGGUUCAAAGCUAACAUCUUUGUUGAGGCGCUUCUGAAUGCAUCUCUGUAGGGUUCUUCCUCCUUGGAUCUGUCAUCUUGUUGCAUGCAUGGGAGGUUGUUUUGGAUGCUGUGCAAAACCUUUGACAAGUAUCACCGCUGAUCACCCAUCAAAGCAACUGAGAAAUCAAGAUCAAACAGCAAAGCAACAUAAUAACAUCACUGACGAUUUUUGGACUACCAGUGCAGGUGAGAUGGAUUAUAGUGGAGUACAAUCCCAAAGAAGCAUUUCAUCACUCAGCGCAUUGAAUCAGCCGUUAGAUGCUUGCACUGACGUUGGCAGCACAAGCAAUCCUUCUGAAUUUGUAAAUCAUGGUCUUCUUCUCUGGAAGCAAAGCAGGCAGCAAUGGCUUUCAAAUAAGAAGUUACCAAACAAGACGCAAGUUCGAGAACCUACGAUAAGUUGGAAUGCUACGUAUGAAAGUCUACUCGGGACAAGCAAGCCUUUCCCGCAACGUAUUCCCCUAGCUGAAAUGGUAGAUUUUCUUGUUGAUGUUUGGGAACAGGAGGGUCUGUAUGACUGAUUAAGCUGGAGUUUUACAGACUCGAGCUUUACGUUGGUAUAGUCUCUUAUGCAAUACAGAGCCUUUGAAUUAGAGCUGAUCAUGCCCUGUGAAUUCUGUAGCAUUUAAUUUCCUCCAAUGCCCGUUUUGAUUAGCCAGAAAGAUUGGUUAUUGUUGUUGUAUGUUGGCUGCUCUAAUAGGAAAUUUUUGUUGUUGACUACAGAAGUGCCAGUUCUCUGCAAUGUUUUUAACCUGGAUUUUGUGUUGCAAACUUCAAUUCAUUUUUAAAACUGAGGAAUUUGUAAA